AAUCUACAAGUCAUUGUCAAACUCACCAACAUUCAACUGACACCAUCCAAACCUAAAUACAACGAGGGAAACUGGCACAUUGAAGGUCCAAUUAACGAAUCGAUUGUUGCAACUGGACUGUAUUACUACGAUGUGGAAAAUAUCACCACACCCAAACUCGAUUUCCGCGUGGCUGUUGAUCGUUUUGAAUAUCAAAUAGCAUCUGAGAUGUAUUGGAAAGAUGUGUAUGGCAUUAAUCGAGAAUCACUAUCUAAUCAGUAUAUAGGAUCGCUUGAAUUACCAAAUGGUCGAUGUGUAGUUUAUCCCAAUCGAUACCAACACAAGGAACAAUCAUUUGAACUUGCAGAUCUAACUCAACCAGGACACUGCAAGAUUUUGACAUUUUUUGUAGUGAAUCCAUCUUGUCGGAUUGUUUCGACUGCGCAUGUGGCUCCACAACAACCACAAUGGUACAACUCGAGUCUUGAC